AUGGAGGAAGAGGAGGAGGCGGCGGCGGCAGAGGAAGUGGUGGCGGAAGAGUCGGCGGCGGCAGCAGAGGCGCCGACGGCAACCGGGGAGGUGGCAGCAAAGGGCAUGCAACAAGGUCUCUCUUUGUUGAUAAAAACUGACAAAGCACAAUGGACAGAACCAAAUACCCAUCUGUUGUGUGAUUUAUGGGUUGAGCAAAUUAGAGCAGGCAACUGCCACAAAGGCACCAUGUCUGGAAGAGGUUACAAGAUAAUUGUUGACAAAUACUCCAUGGUCACUGGUUUGAAACAUGACAAGAUGCAGCUUAGAAAUAGAAUUAAUCAACUGAAAAUUAUGUAUGGAUUCUGGAAAGAACUUCAAAAGCAGAGUGGAUUUGGAAGGAAGGCAGAUGGUACUGUAUCUGCCCUAGAAUGGUGGUGGAAAGACAACACAAAGGAAAGAUUUAGUGAAUGUAAGAAAUUACAGUAUGGUGCUCCAGAGUAUAUUGAUCAGCUAGAGGAAAUAUUUUAUGAUGUCGUAGUGGACGGAUUUACCUCUUAUCUGGUUGGAUUUGAUGGGGAAGAAGAACAAGAUGGUGAAGAUGUAUAA